AUGGCCGUCUGUCUACGCGAGAUCGUCCUCAGAGGGAGGAAACAACGAAAGGAGAGCGAGGUAGCUGCCAUUGAGGAGGACACCACCCAGGAGCUUUCUGUUGGUGAGCUGCUGGAGAGGGCCAACAGAGACCGCACCUCCCGCGAGAAAGCCAUCAUCGUCCGUGGGCUGGAAUCCUUCUCCUCCUUCUCGUGCAUCCGUUUCAGACCCUACCGCAGUGGUGACCGUGAAUGGCUGAACAUUGAGUCCAGGAACGGAUGCUACUCGUACGUGGGCCGUACGGGUGGAGGUCAGACCGUCUCUCUGAGCAGACAGGGCUGCCUGUACCACAACACCGUGCAGCAUGAGCUCCUCCACGCCCUGGGCUUCAACCACGAGCAGACCCGCAACGACAGGGACAACCACAUCAGGGUGCACUGGAACAACAUCAUCGAUGACAUGAAGUACAAUUUCAAUAAGAUCGCCACUCUGAACCAGGGAACCUCUUACGACUACAACUCUGUCAUGCAGUACCACAGGUACGCCUUCUCCAAGAACAACUACCCAACCAUGGAGCCUAUCCCUAAUAGCAACGUGUCCUUUGGAAAGGCAACUGAGAUGAGCAAGAAUGAUAUCGACAGACUGAACAGACUCUACAAGUGCUGUGAAAACCAAUGGCCCCCUUGAUGACAUCACAACGUGGCUGUGACCUGAUGGAGAGCGGAAUCUGCAAAAGGAUGAGACGUUCACUGACAUCUGACCGCAAGCCUGAAAAAUAAAAAAUAUGCAAACACUUCGGUUCAUACAGUUUCGAUUCAUUUGGAUGAUUAUCUGGGCCUGAAUGAACAGUUUUAAAAUCUUUGUGUGGAAGCUAAACAUUCAACGAUGGUCCCAGCUCUUGGUUUCUAAGUGAAAUGACGGCUAAUGUUUUAGUCCAGCUGGGCCUUCAGUCCGGGGCUCCAGCAAAUCAAACUGCAUUUCCAGAACUGCUUCUGGGUCAAGGGGCGUGGCAAUGCAAUCUCUCGGAGGAUCAGCUGUUAACAUCUAGAGUUUGA